ACCAUGCUCGGCUGCCUGCGGCUGCCGGUGCUCUGCUUGCUGCCCUGGCUACUGCGGGCGGCGGUCCCUGGCCACCGGGUAGAGCCCCUAGAGCUGCGCCGAGAUCUACACGACCCCGCCAGGGGCGCCGAUUUUGAUCGCGUCUACAGCGGGGUGGUGAGCCUCAGCACCGAGAACAUCUACUCCUUCAACUACACCAACCGUCCUGGCCAGGUGACGGCUGUGCGCGUGCAUGUGAACAGCUCCACCGAGAAUCUAGACUACCCAGUCCUGGUUGUGGUUCGCCAGCCGAAAGAAGUGUUGUCCUGGCAGGUUCCUCUGCUCUUCCAAGGACUAUACCAAAGGAGCUACAACUCCCAGGAAGUCAGCCGCACUCUGUGUCCUUCAAAAGCAACCAAUGAGACAGGCCCAUUGGAGCAGCUGAUCUUUGUAGACAUCGCAUCCAUGGCUCCCCACGGUGCCCACUACAAGUUGCUGGUCACCAAAGUCAAGCACUUCCAGCUCCGGACAAAUGUUGCCUUUUACUUCACUGCCAGCCCCUCUCAACCUCAGUUUUUUCUAUACAAAUUUCCUGAAGACGUGGACUCUGUUAUCAUUAAAGUCGUAUCCAAGCAGGUGUACCCUUGCUCAGUUGUCUCGGUUCAGAACAUCAUGUGCCCAGUGUAUGAUCUGGAUGACAAUGUGGAAUUCAAUGGUGUCUAUCAGUCCAUGACCAAGAAAGCUGCCAUCACGCUCCAGAAGAAGGAUUUUCCAGACAAGCAGUUCUUCGUGGUUUUUGUGAUAAAACCUGAAGACUACGCAUGUGGGGGAUCAUUCUCCACCCAGGAAAAUGAAAACCAGACCUGGAACCGACAACGAUCAAAGAACCUGAAAGUGACCAUUGUCCCAUCCAUCAAAGAAUCUGUGUAUGUGAAAUCCAGUCUUUUCAGUGUUUUCGUUUUCUUGUCCUUCUACUUGGGAUGCCUGCUUGUUGUGUUUGUCCAUCAUGUGAGGUUUCAGAGAAAGUCCAUCGAUGGAAGCUUUGGAUCCAGUGACGGCUCUGGAAAUAUGACCUUGUCACAUCCCAUCGCUGCCAGUACACCAGAAGGGAGCAGUUAUGGAGCAAUAGAUGAGUCUAGUUCCAGUCCUGGAAGGCAGAUGUCUUCCUCUGAUGGUGGGCAGCCAUGCCACUCAGACACGGACAGCUCUGUGGAGGAAAGUGAUUUCGAUACCAUGCCAGAUAUCGAAAGUGACAAAAAUAUCAUUCGGACCAAGAUGUUCCUGUACCUGUCAGAUCUGUCCAGGAAGGACCGGAAAAUUGUCAGCAAAAAGUAUAAGAUUUAUUUUUGGAACAUCAUCACCAUCGCUGUGUUUUAUGCACUGCCUGUGAUGCAGCUCGUCAUCACCUACCAGACAGUGGUAAACAUCACCGGCAACCAAGACCUCUGUUACUACAACUUCCUCUGUGCUCACCCCUUGGGCGUCCUGAGUGCCUUCAAUAACAUUCUCAGUAACCUGGGCCAUGUACUCCUGGGCUCCCUCUUUUUGCUGAUAGUGCUGCGCCGGGACCUUCUCCACCGAAGAGCCCUGGAAGCUAAAGACAUCUUUGCUCUGGAGUACGGGAUUCCUAAAUAUUUUGGUCUCUUCUAUGCUAUGGGGAUCGCAUUGAUGAUGGAAGGCGUGCUAAGCGCUUGUUACCAUGUCUGCCCUAAUUACUCCAACUUCCAGUUCGACACUUCCUUCAUGUACAUGAUCGCUGGCCUGUGCAUGCUGAAGCUCUACCAGACCCGCCACCCAGACAUCAACGCCAGUGCCUACUCUGCCUACGCCUCCUUUGCUGUGGUCAUCACUCUCACCGUCCUCGGAGUGGUGUUCGGAAAAAAUGAUGUGUGGUUCUGGGUCAUCUUCUCGGCAAUCCAUAUUCUUGCUUCUCUGGCCCUCAGCACCCAAAUCUACUACAUGGGCCGCUUCAAGAUAGAUCUGGCAAUCUUCCGGCGGGCUGCUAUGGUGUUCUACACAGACUGCGUCCAGCAGUGCAGCAGACCUCUGUAUAUGGACAGGAUGGUGUUGCUCAUUGUGGGAAAUCUGGUGAACUGGUCCUUUGCCCUCUUUGGAUUGAUCUACCGGCCCGGGGACUUUGCAUCUUACAUGUUGGGCAUCUUCAUCUGCAACCUGCUGCUUUACCUGGCUUUCUACAUCAUCAUGAAGCUUCGCAGCUCCGAGAAGGUCCUCCUGCUGCCGUUCUUCUGCAUCGUGGCCACUGCGGUGCUGUGGGCCGCGGCCCUGUACUUUUUCUUCCAGAACCUCAGCAGCUGGGAGAGAACCCCAGCCGAGUCUCGGGAGAAGAACCGAGAGUGCAUCCUGCUGGAGUUCUUCGAUGACCACGACAUCUGGCACUUCCUUUCUGCUACCGCCCUGUUUUUCUCGUUCCUGGUGUUGUUGACUCUAGAUGACGACCUGGAUGUGGUUCGCAGAGACCAGAUCCCUGUCUUCUGAGCCUCCAGCGUCGCAGCAGGGAGAGGAAAUGAUCCACCUUGGUGCUGUCUCGUGGACAAUAUGGUGACUGCAGCAGCAUGCCCACUGCCAGACGCUCCACUCGCCUCAGUGGAGUCAACAACGUUUGCAUUCACACAGGAAGAGCUUGGGGUGAGCUGAACCUCAAGAAGGAUGGUAGAAGGGGAGCCCUGUUGUGCAGAGAGACAAAGCCGGGGGGCUCAGAAACCUCUGUCUGCAACUUAGAGUUCAAUCUAGGCACAAGCUGCAGUGGGCCAGUUUACAACCUGGCCCCUCCCAGCCGCACUGAGAUUGGCAAGAGAAACCAGCCACUUGUACCUCCCACCUAGAACCUUUGGUGUGGCCACUGCCACACUUCUGAGACACCUGAGGCUACAGAAGGCCAAAGCAACAUGUCAUUCUCCCCAGGUCCUCCGAGAGCCUGAUUCCUCAGAAUCUGGAGCAGAAGUGAGACCAAGUCCCCACCCAACUUGGACAGACAUUCCCGUGACUUCAGAGGGACUACUGAAUAAUCCCCUUGGUUCCUGGCGCCACUAGAAAUGCUCAGGAUGGGACUUUGACACAUGUGCUUCUGAACAGAUCACCAUUGCUGAGCCCAAGGCCUGGGUGAUUACCUGUCUCUUAGUGUCUUCAUCUUACCAUUGGAUGUUGACUUGGAACUCUGAUCCUGCCUUCUUAGAAGGCCGCUCUUUCUCCACGGACUUCUAACAGCUUCACGAUGAGUGAGAAAGGGUGAAAACUCUUUCUACAGCAGGAGAUGUGAUGGGCAGAGCUAAGUGGCUGAACAGCAGGCAGGCAGCAUUCACCUUAAUGACUCUGGAUCCUGGAGCAAAUUCAACAAAGCAAAAGUGUUUGGUGGUUCCAAGGCACACAGCUCAGUCUGUGCCCAUACAGCCUUUGGGGGGG